AAAGUGAUUGGACUUUGUCAGGGUCUUUUUCUUUUUCUUUUUUUGCAAAGGCUUCAGCAGAGACAUGUAACCAGCAGCUCUGCCAGGACUCAAGAGUCUGCUCACACACACAAAAAUAAGAAGGGGCAUCUAAGGAAAAUGAGCUGAUCCCUUUUAGGGACGUGCCAAAGCCAGAUAACCUAAGUUAACCAUAGCAAGAUACAGCCAGUCUCAGAGCUAAGUACUGUGAAAUUAGCUCUGCUUCCUUGGGUUUUUGAAACAUGCAUCUGUAUAAACCUGCCUGUGCAGAUAUCCCCAGCUCCAAGCUGGGUCUACCCAAAUCCAGUGAAUUGGCUCUGAAAUGUAGACGGCACCUAGCAGUGGCCAAGCCUCCCCCUCAGGUAGCCUGCUGGCCAGCGAGGCCCAGUGGAGCAGCGGAACGGAAGUUUCUGGAGAAGUUCUUACGUGUCCAUGGAAUCUCAUUGCAGGAAACGACGAGAGCAGAGACAGGCAUGGCUUACAGGAAUCUUGGAAAAUCAGGACUCAGAGUUUCUUGCUUGGGUCUUGGAACAUGGGUGACAUUCGGAGGUCAGAUUUCAGAUGAGGUUGCUGAACGGCUGAUGACAAUUGCCUACGAAAGUGGAGUGAAUCUCUUUGAUACUGCCGAAGUCUAUGCUGCUGGAAAGGCUGAAGUGAUUCUGGGGAGCAUCAUCAAGAAGAAAGGCUGGAGGAGGUCCAGCUUGGUCAUAACAACCAAACUCUACUGGGGUGGAAAAGCUGAAACGGAAAGAGGUUUGUCAAGAAAACAUAUUAUUGAAGGGCUGAAGGGCUCCCUCCAGAGGCUGCAGCUCGAGUAUGUGGACGUAGUCUUUGCAAACCGACCGGACAGCAACACCCCCAUGGAAGAAAUUGUUCGAGCCAUGACACAUGUGAUAAACCAAGGAAUGGCGAUGUAUUGGGGGACCUCGCGGUGGAGUGCUAUGGAGAUCAUGGAAGCCUAUUCUGUAGCAAGGCAGUUCAAUAUGAUCCCACCGGUCUGUGAACAAGCUGAGUACCAUCUUUUUCAGAGAGAGAAAGUGGAGGUUCAGCUACCAGAGCUCUACCAUAAAAUAGGAGUUGGAGCAAUGACAUGGUCUCCACUUGCCUGUGGAAUCAUCUCAGGAAAAUAUGGAAAUGGAGUGCCUGAGAGUUCUAGGGCUUCACUGAAGUGCUACCAGUGGCUGAAGGAAAGAAUUGUAAGUGAAGAAGGCCGAAAACAGCAAAACAAACUAAAAGACCUUUCCCCAAUUGCUGAGCGUCUGGGAUGCACACUACCUCAGCUAGCUGUUGCAUGGUGCCUGAGAAAUGAAGGUGUGAGUUCCGUGCUCCUGGGGUCCUCCACUCCUGAACAACUCAUUGAAAACCUCGGUGCCAUUCAGGUUCUCCCGAAGAUGACAUCACAUGUGGUAAAUGAGAUUGAUAACAUAUUGCGAAACAAGCCCUACAGCAAAAAGGACUACCGAUCAUAAGGCAGUGCAUGAGCCACGGGAUGUGCACGGUUCAAACUGCAGUCUCUACUGGUACAGAAUGGGGUCACUAGCCAGCCUUUUGAGUCACUUAGCAGCCUGCUGCUCAACCUCUAGUAUUCCCGGAUUCUGAGGUAUCUGCUGUCGCUACCACUGUGCACCUGAAUUACGAGCACAUCUGAAAACUCACAACCAAGGAAAUCCAUUCUAUUUUCUUAUCUUGGACUGGAGUCACCUCUUCUUGCAUUGCUCUGUACACCUCAUGCUUAUGCCACAGGAAGUGUAUGAGGGGAGGACAGAUUACCUUCAGGCAUUUAGUAACUUAAGGCUGUACAGAUGUAUUUUUUCCAAAAUGCAUAAAAUCCACAGAUGCAAUGUGGAUUGCAUCGGAAACAGGCUACGUUAACUCAGAAGUCGUGGGAGAAUAAGCAGAAACAACUUCACAUUGUUUGUUUCUAGUUCCACAUUAAGGUUAGCAAGAGUUGUUUCACCGGUCAUUCAACAAAACUAAAAUUCCAAGGUAUUUGCUUUCAUUACCUUUUAAAAAUAUUCACUGUUGCCUGGCCCCAAGAAUGUCCUGUAUUGUAAUUUACCUGAGGUAUCCAUUAGGAUUCUAUUAACAUUAUGUCCAUUCACACAUAGAGAUGGUGAAAGGAUGAACACCCAAUCUUUAACUUGAAACAUUAUGCCUAAUUUAUGAAAGGGAGGAUUACACUGCUUUGGAAGCUUAGGCCUUGAAUAAAAUGUAGUAUCUACAAUUGCAGUGUUCAUUUUUGACUACAUUUUAUUAAAACCUGCUUUAUAUAUUUAACUGCUUGUAGGCACAGCUUCUGCAAGUUUAAAUAUUUGAGUUUUAAAAAUAUACACAUGCUCAGUUUUGUAAGUAAACCUGUAAAAUACCCAUAAAGGCAAAUGUUUGUUUACUGUUUAAUUAGCACUGGGACUUUACAAUAGGAUGCUUGUUUUUGAGGAGUUAACAUGAAAGUGAAUCAUGGACUUUGUGAAAAAUGCUGUCACUGUUCAACUUAUGCUGGGUGAAUUAACUUGCCUAGUAAAAAGCAAAUGUUAAAAUAUUUCCUGAUUCUAUAACCACAUUAUAUGCACUAAACUAAAUGCAUGAAAGCUCUCUGCAUGGAUCAAAGGGACCUAGCCCUGUUGCACACACAAGCUGAGGGCUAACCUUGCCACUACGGACUGGUUACCUACCCUCAUGAAUAUUCCACUUGAAAAAAACUUUAACAAUAUAUUGUGUGUACCUGUAAGGAGGGAAAACCUGGUGGGGGGGCGGGGGGAGUCCUAUUUCUCUAUUUGGAUACCUGAGCAUGUACAAAAUACCGAUUUUCUGGCUAGCAAGUACCCCCAUACAGAAAUCACUUUAAGAUUUAAAGAAUAGACUAUCAGCUUAAAAUGCUAUUUUCUGCCACCAUUUCCAAAUAUGUAUUUCAUGAUUAAAUUCUAAAUCUUAAAUUGUUAGUGUGAAAUACCAUUAAAUUUUCUUUUUUGUUACUACUACCUGUAUUCUAAUAAGGAAACAGUUUGGGUUUUUUUGCCCAGGAGUACCAGAGUAAUGAUGGAUCAUCCUUCAGUUGUUGUGUAUUAAACCAGUGAACUACUGUAUGCAUAAAUGAGCUGAAGUUGUAUAAUUGGAACUGCGAUUUAACUUAUUUGCUUAGAGUAAUAAAAGCAUUUUGUGCAUUUAAUCUCAAGUA